AUGAAAUUGGGAGGAUUAUAUCUAUUUAUUGUAAUGAAAACAGGAUUUGUCCUUGUCACUUUGGGGCUUGCCUCCCUUGCUUUGAUGGGUCUGUUCACAGACUCCUCCAACCAAUUUGAACACCAGUUCACUAGUUAUAUGACUCAGUUUGAUAAAAGCUAUGAAACUGAAAAUGAGUAUAACUUCAGAAGAGAAAUCUUCAAUAAAAACUUGGAGAUCAUCAACGCUCACAAUGCUAAAGGACUCUCCUCCAAAUUGGGAGUUAAUGAGUUCACUGACUGGACUGAUGAAGAGUACAAAUCAAUGCUCGGACUUAGAAGACAACCACUCAGAAGCUCUCAGACUUUGAAGACUAUCAAGGCUAAAGGUGAACCAGAACUUGUUUCUAUUGACCAUAGAAAUGAAGGACUUGUAACCGAUGUAAAGAACCAAGGAGCUUGCGGAUCAUGCUGGGCUUUCUCAACUGUUGCAUCUAUUGAAGGUGCUUACGCUAAGGAACAUGGAGAACUUAAAAGCUUCUCUGAAGCACACCUCGCUGAAUGUGACAAGUUCUCAGGUGGAUGUAUGGGAGGAUGGAUGAUCAACGGAUUGUUGUUCUUCACCCAAAGAGGACCAAUCACCGAUGAGGAAUAUUCUUAUUCUCUUCCAUUAGGAACUUGCAGAGAAGCUGAAUUAGAAUCAAAUUACGAAUCUCUUCCUUAUGCUUUCAGAGUUGAAGAUGAUGAAGAUUCCCUCUACGAGGCCUUGACCCAUAAUGUCGUGUCUGUCUCCAUCAGAGCUGAGAACGAUAAGUUCAGACAUUACCAGAGCGGAAUUCUUGAUGAAGAAGAUGACUGCGGAACUGAAAUUGACCACGGAGUAACCCUUGUCGGAUAUGAAGCGGAUGGUGACUACUGGAUUGUUAAAAACUCAUGGGGAGGAUCAUGGGGAAAUGAAGGUUACGUCCACAUCAAGAGGAGAGGAGGUAAAGGAAUCUGCGGAAUCAACCAGGAUUCAGCCCAAGCUGUCUUCCACCAAGAAGACUACUAA